CUUACGGUUGGCGAUUUACUUGUUAAGGAUCAGGUAAGCUAUGCAUCCUACCUUACUAAACACUCGUUACCACACAUUUAUGCUGCAUCAUUGAUAUUCCUUCUUAUCAGGAGUUCAUCGAGGCAACCAAGGAGCCUGGUAUAUAACAUUUGUUGUAGCUAAAUUUGAUGGUAUCCUUGGUCUUGGAUUUCAAGAGAACUCUGUUGGGAAACGCCGCUCCUGAUUGGUACAACAACAUGCUCAAGCAAGGCCAUUUUGGCUUAACCCCAUAAUGCUGAGGAUGAAGAAGGUGGUGAACUUGUAUUUGGAGGUGUUGAUCCAAAUCAUUUCAAGGGAAAAUAUACUUAUGUCCCUGUGACACAAAAGGUUUCGACAUGGGUGAUGUUCUCAUUGGCGGUGCCCCCACUGACUCAACCGAAGAAAAUCUGCUCGCAGAUUGGUCUGUGCACUUUUGAUGUAUGUGGCAUUGAGUCGGUAAUGGACAAGGAAAACGCCAAAUCUUCUAAUGGUGUCGGUGAUGCCGCUUGUUCUGCAUGUGAGAUGGCAGUUGUUUGGAUACAGAGCCAGUUGAGGCAGAACAUGACUCAUCAACAAGCUUCCAUUACAGCACCUUUGAUAUUAUCUGUUGCUACCAUUCUUGUCCUGAUCCUGUUUAUUUGCUACCGUUGUUGGUUAUCCUGGACAGCUAUGCAAGCGUCUUCCCAUCCCAAUGGGAGAGUCUGCAGUGGACUGUGCUCAACUCUCGACCAUCCCCACGGUUUCGCUCACCAUUGGAGGCAAACUCUUUGAUCUUGCUCCAGAGGAAGUACGGCUGAGAACAUGAUUCAUAUUUUGCAUUCGUCAUUUGAAUAUUAUCACCAUUGCCAUUCUAAUAAUGUCUCGGUGCUGUGAUGAUGUGAACAGUAGUUUCAUGUAUAUUUUCGACAAUUUCGAAUAAAUAAUCAACAGUUAAAUCA